ACCGCGCACCUCCCUCCCGCCGGCGGGGCUGCCGUAGUGCGCAUGCGCCCGGGUGCGCGGGGAAAAACGGUUUGCCGAGGGCUGGACGGCCGUAACGGGGGAACCGGCGGGGAGCGUCGGCCGGGAGCGAUAAUGAAGCACCGCCACACACCUUCCAGUAAAAUGGGGGAGAGCACCAGUGGCAGAUCAGCAAAAAACCCAUUUAAAUCACAAAAUCAGCAGGGGCCUUCCAGGAAAAAAAAGGAAACAGAUAGAGAAGGAAGAAAACAAGGUGAAAAAAGAAAGCAGGUCACUCAGGGGGUCAAAAGGAAAGUUAAGGAAAAUGCGGACUAUUCCCCCGCAGGAGGAAAAGGUUCUUCAAAAAAGGUGAAGCUAACCAGCGCUGAAAUACGAUCUUGGCAGACUCUCUCAGAGAGCAGUAGGCAGUUUUUGGAAACUGUGAUGGAUUCAGUAAUACUAUCUAUUUUGUGCCAAGAACCUGAGGGAAAAAGUGAUGUUCAGAAGCACCUCAAUUUACUGAAAAAAAGGGUGCUGAGAGUUUUCAAGACUUUAAAGGUGCCUCCUGGGAAGUUGGACAACCUGAAGAAUAUCCGGAGUCUUCAAAUGGCAGAGAAGCAAAUGCUUGAGACAAACAAGGAGUCUUUGGUACAUUUGCAGGAAGCAAUAAAAGAAGCUGAGCAAUCAGCAGAACGCAUUGAAGAAACUGUCCAGCAACUGCAGCACAAAAUCCAGGUGCUCAAGAACCAGUUAGAGGAAGAUGAAGAAAAGGCCAGGAAGGUAUUCCAGGAAAAUGGUGGUGGAGCACUCCACCUUCCAGAACUCCCCAAGCACAGUGUACAGGUGCCCACUUUGCAGGAAGAAAUUUUGAAGAUAAAAAAUCAGAAUGGUCUUUUAAAGGAUUUGAACACUAUUCAGCAGUCAACUGACUUGAAGAACUUGUUAACCCUCAUUGAAAAGACCUAUGAGAAGGUGGACUUCCUUUGAGAAACUGAAAUACACGGCAUCUCCUUUGCAGAACGUAACCUAGGCCAGCACUCUGUGUUAAUGGACAGCAGCAGGAUGGUGACUGUGGAAACUCUUCCUAAUGGCUUUACUCUUGUGACUGAUGAACUUCUGUUAAAACAUUUUCUGUGGGUAUUGGUAUAUAAAUCUGUAGAUGCAUUCUGGGACUCUAGUUUUUUCAGUGAUCAAUUGAGGUUUUUUGGACCUGGGAUGAUGUCUAAUGCUGAUAUAUACUGUCUUAGGAGAAGGGAGGGAAAUGGAUCCUGGGUUUAUUUGGGCAUUUUUAUAGAAUAAGGCAACCUAUUCCAUUAUAUAUGGACUUCUAUAUCGCAUCUGCAAAUUAGUGAAGGCAGUAUCUCUUACCAAACUAACUUGUUUUGGGGUUAAAUCCUCUUUAAACCUGAAACGCAUACUAAAAAUAUGAUUACCUAAUGCUCAGUUGCAAAUCCCCUGUUGAACUUUCUUACCAUUUGUAAUAAAAAAUCUCUAUGACAGCAAAUGUUUAUCAAAUGUACAGGAUUUUUUUUUUCAUUUUUAUAUUCACAGCUUAAAAAAACCCAUUCACACCUGGUUUAUUGAGAUGGUUGGGGAAAGCAGUUAACGUUAUAGAGCAAAGCUCUAAUCUCAGAGUUGUGUACUCAUAUUUCAUGAGCUGUCAGGUAUUCUUCAGCUUCAGAGGAAGAAAAUUAAAUCUAAAGCAUUUGUUACAUCUAGGACCAGGAAAACCAGACAAAGUACUUGCUUGCUUUGUACUGAAUCGCAUGAAAAAGUGUAUAAAUAUUCAGAAAUAUUUCUCAAAUUUUUGAUCACUGAGCAAGUGUAGCACAUACUGGCAUAGCCACUAACCUGAAGUAAUUUAAUCCUGUUUAUGGGUUAAUGAUUUUCUUGCAUGCCAGCUAUCUUAAUUUUUAAGUAAAAAUAUGCUCCUCGUUGCUUUUCUUAAGGGUGACUUACAUAGGAGUAAUUUACUAUGUGGGUUUUGAACUUCGUGAGCCACAUCGUAGAUACUGUUUUUUAAAAAAAGAAAAAAAGGAGAGGAAAGUGUGGAGAAGGGCAGUAAGAGCCAGCGAUGUGAUAUACCUUCCAUACAAGGAAAGCUGAAAUAGUAACUGAAGAAGGAAAUAAAGAUCUAAGGCAUUUCAUGAACGUGUUGAGAAGGAAUUGGUUACUUGCUGCUUUUUACAACGUGGGGAUGAAGGAAUAGCUGGUUUGACGGCCAGACAGCAAGUUGUUAAAGUAAGGUGCUGUGUGUAACAGUGCCAGAAGAUUCUGUCUAAGCCAAAGUGUACAAACAGAUGUGAAAAAGAAGUAAACAAAUCUGGGAAGCGUAUGUGCGUCAGAGACAAUGAAAUGGUUUGGACAAGGUAGUGAUUCAUUGCUGAUGUAUCUCGAAUCGUACGUGCUGACCCUCGGAAAGACAGGGUACUGGAGGAGGAUGAAUUUUUGCUUAGCUAUUUGCAGCAUUUUUUUUGUGUGUUCUCCCAAGAAAGGCUGUAAUCACAAGCCCUUUUGCAAUUUUUCCGAUGGGGUCAGCUCCUGGCAUUGAGAUGUGUGGUCUCUUCCCUUCCUUCGAAUUCUGGUUGCUUAGAUUGUGAUAUGUUACGCUCAAAGUAGCGUUUAAAUGCAAAGAGGAAGCACUCCUUGCAGGGAGGGUACAGUGCCUUUUAUGUCUGUUAAACGCCAUUUCUUUGUGACUCCUAAAACCACUUGUGUCCAGCUCUGGGUCUGUGUUUCCUGAGCUGAUUGUUGGUCACUUCGUAGCUGAGGGAACUCCCGUCCGAAGCCUUCUCUCUUGUCAUCCUCAUCGCUCUCCUGUGCCACAUUGCUUGUUACCCUGUACUUGUCUGCACCGCAUCCCAUGUCUCCAUUUAUCAAGGCCUCUGCUCUCAUACUUGGUCUGUAUUUCUCUAUACGCGUCAUUGUAUGUGUCAUAAAUAUCUCAUUUGACAUAGAAUAACUGCUUGUUACUGCUGUCUGUAUCAAAGUGUGGUUGUACCGUACAAAGAUAACAACAGUAAAAUAAUUAUUCAUAGA